CUGAGCUCCUAGCACAAGUCUUGUACUCUGCGACCAACAUCGGAACCGAGUAUUCUUUGAUCCUCCUUGACCAAACCUUUCUAAGUUCUAGAGCCAUUCUUCGGAGAAGCUGAAUCUGUGAUGCGAAAGGCCAGGAAAUUCGCGUCCUUCGGCCAAACCAUUACAACUGUUACAUCUGAAUUUGUACCCACAGCUUCACCAGUUUAUUUAGCACAACCGUAUUCGUGUUUGGGUGCGCAUUCUCGUGAUCGUGAUGUAAUUUACCUUAAAAAUCGAGAAAUCGAUAAACUUAUCAAAUUGGGCAACCUUAACUCUGCCAUUAAAUUGUUCGCUGAAAUGCCUCGUCACGACGUUGUUACCUACAAUUUGCUAAUAACUGGGUGUCUUCGCAAUGGACUUCCAGAGCGCGGAUUUGGGUUAUACAGCGAAAUGGUUUCUCGAGGGAUUAGAGAAAGUGCGUCAACAUUUACUUCAGUCUUGGGCACUUGUAGCAACAUGGAUUUUUACAAAGAAGGAAGUCAAAUUCACUGCAGAGUGGUUUUUCUUGGAUUUAGCUUGAAUUUGUUUAUUUGUAGCUCUCUAAUUGAUUACUAUAUGCGGGUGGGCCUUGAUAUCGUAGCUUUGAAGGUGUUUGAUGAAUUGCCACAACGAAAUAUAGCUGUUUGGAACUUGUUGCUACGUCGGUUUUGUGAACUGGGUCAAUUCGAAAAGCUUCUGGAAUUUUUCUCGAAAAUGCAAUUGGAAGGCCCGGAUCCAAAUGGACUUACUUUUUGCUAUUUGCUUCGAGGAUUUGGUAACGAAAGGCUCUUAGACGAAGGGAAGCAAUUACACUGCCGCGCUGUAAAAAUUGGAUUGGUCGAACCAAAUAUCUUUGUUCCAAAUGCUUUGGUGGAUUUCUACUCUUAUUGCAGAAGUUUAACAGAAGCAAAAAAGGCAUUUGAAUAUAUUCCAGUAGAGGAUGUUAUUUCCUGGAAUUCGAUUGUUGCAGUUUAUGCGGACAUUGGUUUCUUAUCAGAAGCACUUGAUUUGUUUUCUCGGAUGCAGUUUUGGGGGAAAAGGCCCUCAAUUCGGUCGUUAAUGGCUCUUCUGAAUUUAUCCAGUCGGACAGGGAAUAUCCAGUUGGGGAAACAGAUUCAAUCUUGUGCUCUGAAAAUGGGUUUUGGUCACGAGAGUAGCCACCUUCAAUCCGCAUUGAUAAAUAUGUAUGGAAAAUGCCUUGAUAUUGAGAGUUCAGUGGCCGUGUAUAGAAGUAUUUCUGUGAGAACUUUGGAGUGUUGUAACUCUUUAAUGACAUCUUUAUUACACUGUGGUGUCAUUGAAGAUGUGGUCGAGAUGUUUGGAUUGAUGAUUGACGAGGGAAUUGAACUUGAUGAGGUUACUUUGUCCACAACAUUAAAAGCAUUAUCAAUGGCUUCUCCAUCAGACUUGACCAGCUGCAGAUUGCUCCACUGUUGUGCCAUAAAAUCAGGCUUUGAAUUUAAUUCUGUAGUUUCUUGUUCUUUAAUGGAUGCUUACUCAAGAUGUGGUCAUGUUGAGCUUUCUUGCAAAGUUUUUGAGGAACUCCCUUCCCCAGGUGUCAUUUGUUUCACCUCAAUCAUUAAUGGAUAUGCCCGAAAUGGAAUGGGGAGGGAGGGUAUUGAAAUUCUCAAGGCGAUGAUCCAGAAAGGCAUGGAACCUGACAAAGUGACGUUCUUGUGCGCAUUGAUAGGGUGCAACCAUUCAGGACUGGUUGAAGAAGGAAGAUUUGUGUUUGAGUCAAUGAAAACCCUUUACGGAAUUGAACCAGACUGGAAACAUUAUUCAUGUAUGGUUGAUCUUCUAGGUCGUGCAGGCCUGUUGGAUGAGGCUGAAAAGUUGCUGCAAAAGGUGCCAGAAAAGGUCAACAGUGUGAUCUGGAGCUCCAUGUUAAGAAGUUGUAGAAUCCAUAGAAAUGAAACAAUCGGAAGGAAAAUUGCAAAGUCUUUGGUGGAUCUCGAAGCUGAGGAUCCUGCCAUUCUUUUGCAGGCUUCAAACUUCUAUUCUGAUAUUGGAGAGUUUGGAACCUCAAAGCAACUUAGAGAAGUUGCAUUGACAAAAAAAUUGGUAAGAGAAAUUGGUCACAGUUUAAUAGAGGUAAGAAGUCUCUGUUAAUUGGGUGCUUCCACUUAGCAGAAUCAGCAGCUCAGACAAACUGUCUACAAGAGCUUCACAUUGAUUCCAGGAGGUUUCUUUCUUGGACCUUUGGCAGGCACGUUAAAGAUCACUUGAUCUUUACUUACGCUGCAUGCUGAUUCCAAACCAUGUCAUUCGCAUUAUUCCUUGAUUUGCAGGUUUUUUGUCAUAAUUUUGUUAAAGUUGGAAGAUUUUAAUUCUAAAUCAAUAGUUUGAUUGCAUGGAAUAUUUGAAGUUCACAUUUUUUAGGUUAAGUUUUUUGUCAACGGAGGAAAUGGCAGGAGAUAAUCUAAAUCCCAAAUAAUGUAUGCCUACUGGUUUAAAAGUUCACCCAUCCUUUAUUUAACUUUUUUCUGUGCAUCAUUUUAUUUUUAACAAUUGGGAUGCUUUUACUAGUCUAAUCCAUAAUUUCUGUAAUUUCCUCUGUAUUUUCGUGUUUCGUGUUCUUUUCACCUUCCGAAGAGUUUGUAUUUUGAACAAUUUUUGGUUCCUUUUCCUACAUCAAUGAAAAGUUCGUAUCUUGUUAGGAAAAAAAAUUCACCCUCCCUUCUUAAGCGGAGGCUUGUUGGAAUGUAACUCCAUCUACUUUUAAGCCAAGCUAUAAAUAAUACAAAGACCUUUUGUCCAAAGUGCGAGUGCACAUAGACACACAGACGUACUUUAUAUAACACUUGCAUGCAUUACCUCUUGCAAACCAGUAUGACGAAAUUCCAGAAUAAAUUAUGGAUGCAUAUGUCUCAUGAUGUCCUUUUUUUGCUGUGCUGAUAAUUACUUAUGCAAGAUCUAGAUGGUGUAAUAUAUGACAGCUUACAUCGACUUUGGCAUUGCUCAGAAUCUUGAAAGCUUGGACAUGGAUGAACUAAAGUAAACUGGACCUUUCUGUAAUGCCAUCAUGGAUGAGCGAAUGUCAUACUUGAGGAUAAUUUUGGAGCUGUAGAGACGGGGUUCCUGAUUAUACUGAGGCUUUUCAAAGCACCGACAUUCAGUUACUGAGUCAAGGUUUACCCAUGCAUGGACAGUUCGAUGGGGAAAAAAGUGUGGCUGCGACUUGAUGUUUGCUCAAUGGAGUUGAAUUGCAAGGACGUGGUGUCAUUGAUGGUUCAGGAAGCAAAUGGUGAGCAUCAUUAUCCUAGGACUAUCUACAGCAAAGGUAUCUCUUCAUAAUCACAACUUAGUUCAAAGAAAAAGGAUGAAUCUAAUUGUUGAAUUGGGCCACCAAAUAGAAGUAAUCUUGAUUUGAGGUGUUGACCAUGGAUUCAAGCUCUAACUCAAUGCUAAAAGCACCAUCUGCAACAGCCACAGAUGCGAUUUGUCAUGAUCAGGUCUGAAUCCAUGCAGAUUUCUCAAGAGUACAUGUUAGAGACGCGACUGACAGCUAAUGAAAUUCACAUCUCUGGAUCGACCAAAGCAGUUGGUACAGCAAGAUUUGAACACGUCCCUGUACUUCUGAAAUUCUUAUAAUAAGAAAUUUGGUGUU